UCCUUCAAUUCGUCCGACAUGACCCUUCAGCAACUUGAAUCUCGCUGCCCAGAUGGCAUGGAUGCUUGGAUACUUGGUAGCGGUAUUGCCUCGCUCACAUCGGCCGUACAUUUAAUCCAGGAGGCUCAGAUUCCACCCUCUCGAAUUCACAUCAUUGAAAGGCUAGAGAAAGCUGGUGGAGGGUCAGCCAGCACUGGAGAUUCUGUCAAUGGGUACGACUAUCAUGCUGGGGCAAUACCAGCAUUCAAUAAUAUUUACAUGGAGAGGCUCCUGUCUAUUGUGCCUUCCAUUUCAGACCCAACAAAGAGCACGCUAGACGAUAUACGCGAAUUCAACAGCACAAGGCCGCCUCACAAAUGUCCAAAUACACGCUUCCUCUCACGCAAGCCUUCAGGUUUGUUACGAAACAGUUCCAAACAAGUACGGAUAGGAUUGAGAGACCGCAUAUCUUUGUAUAGGCUUUCCUCAAAGACAGAGAAGGGCCUAGGACGAUCUCGAAUUCAGGAUCACUUCUACUCGAGCUUUUUCCAAAGUAGUUAUUGGUUGAUACUGGCUACUACUUUCGGCUUCGAACCAAGUCACAGUGCUGCUGAGUUCCGUCGAUAUGUGCAGUGGUUCAGAAGGGGCAAGCACGAACUGAACCACUUACGGCCGCUCGACAACGGACAUUAUAACCGCCACGAGUCUAUCAUAAUGCCGGUCGCUCAUUUCCUCCAGUCAAACGGAGUCGAUUUCCGCUUCGGCACUACUAUUGCAGAUAUUAUCCUUGAUGAAGCCCACCAGCGUGUUUGCUCUAUCCGUACUGUCAAAGACAAUAUACCGGAGACAGCCAUCGAUGUCGGGGUCAACGAUAUUGUGAUUGUAUCUCUAGGCUCAGUGAUAUCUGGCGCGACAAGCGGAACAAAUACCACACCACCGUCGCUCGAAAUCAUAUGCCCUGAGAAUGACCUAGACGAAAACUGGCUGUUGUGGCUAGAGUUAUCGACAAAAGACACAAAAUUCGGGAAUGCAUACAACUUCUGCACAAGGAUGUCUGAUUCCAGGCAGGAGUCGUUUACUGUGACGCUCAAAAGUCCAAAGUUCUUCGACCUCUUCGCCGAGUUGACAGGCGAUGCUCCAGGUUCUGACGAAUUUGUCACCCUCAAAGAUAGCAAUUGGUUGUUCAGCCUUAAGAUCCCGAACCAACCCAUGUUUCCUGACCAGCCGGCAGGAGUUCAGGUAUUCUGGGGCUAUGCAGUGUUCCUAGAACACAAAGGAGAUUACAUCAAAAAAUCCAUGCUCGAGUGCUCGGGUGAGGAGAUCAUGACUGAGAUCCUGCACCAUUUACAAUUUCCACUGGAACCGAUCCUUCGUGAUUCAAUUACCAUCCCUUGUGUUGUGCCACGCAUGGCAGCACCAUUAUUGCCAAGGGAACAUUGUGAUCGCCCGCAGGUUAUUCCUGAAGGAAUGACGAACUUGGCGCUAAUCGGGCAGUUUGUGGAUAUUCCAAAUGAAAUCGCCGGUACGAUGGAUUAUUAUGUGAAAGGGGCACAGAUAGCGGUGAAUCAUUUGAUGGGUUUAGAUCAGUACUCGGUUCUCAAGGAUGACUUCUGCGACUAA